AUGCCGAUGUCGCGUCAGCGGCGCAGAGUGCCUGCCGCGCGCGCGAUGACGUCGUCGCGGCGCGCGCGCGCGCUCCUCGCGCUCCUCGCGCUCCUCCUCCUCGUCUCCGCGGCGGGCGGCGAGGUCGAGGUCGCGAACGUUCGCGGGGAGCACGGCGAUGGAGGAGGAGGAGGAGGAGGAGGAGGAGGAGGAGGAGGCGCGGAGGGAGAAUCCUCAAAACUCGGCGUGGUGGAGGACGAGUUGACCAUCUCCCCCGACGACUGGCUCCGCGCGUGGCUCCGACGGCUCGUCGUGUCCAUCCCGUCGCAGUCCACGUCGCUCUCCGGGCUCGUGACCGUCUCGUUGACGGAGCUCGAGUGCGGCGCGUUCGAGGUCGGCGCGCUCGCCGCGAGCGCGCCAUCCGACGCCGACGCGCGAGAUCUCGGCGCGUGGGCGCGUCUCGACGUCUCCGGCGUCGCGUGCGCGUGCGAGGGCGCGUGGACCGCGAAGAGCGUCGCGACGGGAACGACGCGAGGACGCGUGCGCGCGACGAUCGGCGACGCGCGCGCGAGUGUUCGCGCGUCGUUCGUGGACGCGCGCGACGACGCGCCGCCGCCGACGAUCCCGGUCGCGCUGACGCUCGACGCGUGCGAGUCGGCGGCGACGCUGUCCUUUUCCGGCGACGGCGCGGGCGCGCUGCGGCCGUUCGCGGGGAUCCUCAAGAACGUCGUGGGGUCGCAGGCGAACGCCGCGCUGUGCUCGACCGCCGCACCGGCGGCGAUCGACGCGGCGAGCGGCGCGCUGCGCGCCGCGGGCGACGGCUGGCGACGCGCGGCGGCGGCGCCGCCAGAUCUGCCGGACCCGACGCCGCCGCCGAAAUCGAGCUCGAGGUCGUUCGCGGAUUGGCGCGACGCGCCCGCGCUGCCGCUCGCGCGAUUCUUCGGACGCGCGGCGUUCGACGCCGUCACCGCCGCCGCGCCGUGCGACACGUCCGACACGUCCGACAGGAGCAGCGACGAUGUCCGACAUUUGUGUCCGACACACAACGCGUCCGACGCGUCCUCCGACGAUCCGAUCGCGCGGGCGCGCGCGGCGGCGCAUCGCGCGCUCGGCGCGUUCGCGCUUCCCUCGCGCUCACUCCCCGGCGGCGACGCUCCCGACGCGCCGCCGCCGUGGCGCGUCGUGUUAAACGGCGGCGCGGUUCUGACCGUCUCCGUCCUCGACGCGCGCGUCGCGGGGCUAGACGACGCGCGGUGGACGACGACGGGGCCGGACCCGGAGUCGGCGACGGCGAUCCCGAUGGCGACGCGCCCCCACGGGACGAUCCGCGCGACCGGCACGCUUCGCGUCAACGCGAUCUUCCCCGCCGCUUCCGCCGCGCGGCGCCGCACGCCGAGGGCCACGGGCACGGGCACGGGCACGGGCACGGGGACGCGCGCGCCGCCGCUGAUCGACGUCGUGCGCGUGAACGCGUCGUGGACGGACCUCGCGAUCGCCGCGCGCGUCGGCGCGCUCGCGGACGCGGACGCGCUCUCGGCACUCGGCGCGAGGCGCGUCCCGUACACUGGUCCCCAUACGACCGCGUCGGCGUGGCAACGUGCGGACCCCGCGUGCGUCCUCUCGCGCGUCGCGACGACUCUGGAGCUGAGCUCGCUGUCCGCGCUCGGGAGGAUCGAGCGCGUGCGCGUGCGCGGCGAGCGGCGCGGCGGCGGCGAUGCUGACAUGGACGAUGACGUGGACGGUCUCGCGCGCGACGUCGAGGACGCCGUCGCCGUCGUCUUCGACGCUGCCGCCGCGCGGUACGCGGACGCGAUGUCGCGCGUCGCGUCCUCGCGCGUCGGCGCGGCGGGGAGGGACGCCGCGAACGAGCGAUUGCGGGAAGCGUCGGAGACGGCGCGGCGGAGGGACCGGGACGACGGCGCGUGCGACGCGCUGUCCUCGAGGACGGGGUCGGGGCCGGGGGGGGAACGCGUCAAGGCGGCGGCGUCGGCGGCGGCCGCGGCGUCGGCCGGCGUCGCCGUCGCGGCGGCGAUUUUUUAUAGCGUCGUCGGCGGCGUCGUCGUCGCGCGGCCGUCGCUCUCGCGACGGACGACGCGCCGCGGCGGCGGCGACGCGGAAGCGCCGCUGCUCGCGGCGCGCUUCGAGCACUCGGACGAGGACGCGGACGACGCGGACGACGACGACGACGACGACGACGACGGCGGCGACGACGACGAAGUCCUUAAGGAACGGCGUUCACCACGCGAACGCGGUCGUAUGGGAACCAGUCACGACGACGGAUGUUCGCUGUUCACCUCCCCGCGCACGCCGCCGCGUCUCCGCGUCGCGCUGCCGCUGUUGCUCUGCGCCAACGUCCUGCUGUUCGUCUCGUCGAACACCGCGACCGGGGCGACGGUGAAACUCGCUGUGGCCCUCAUGAGAGACGAAGGCGGCGGAGGAGGAUCGACAUCGACGGGCGGCGGCGGCGGCGCGGCGGCGGCGACGAUCGCGGCGAUGGAGCUCCCGCCGCUGUACGAGUUCUCGCUCGUGAACACCGUCUCGGAGAUGUGGCGCGCGAAGGCGUACGCGCUCGCGAGCUUGAUCGCGGUCUUCUCCGGGGGAUGGCCGUAUUUGAAGCUCGGCGCGAUGCUCGUGUCGUGGUUCGUUCCGUGCGGCGGGUGCGUUCUAUCAUCACACUGGUCCCCAUACGACCGCGUCGGCGUGGUGAACGCCGUUCCUUAA